AUGUCGGACGCGGGCGACGGAAAGAAGCCGCCUGUGGAGCCGCAGGCGGGGCCGGGCCCGGGCCCGGGGCGCGCAGCUGGGGAGAGGGGCCUGCCGGGCUCCUUCCCACUGGUCCUGAAGAAGCUGAUGGAGAACCCCCCGCGGGAGGCGCGCCUCGAUAAAGAAAAAGGGAAGGAAAAGCUGGAGGAAGACGAGGCUGCGGCAGCCAGCACCAUGGCCGUCUCAGCCUCCCUCAUGCCCCCUAUCUGGGACAAGACCAUCCCUUACGACGGCGAGUCUUUCCACCUGGAGUACAUGGAUCUGGAUGAGUUCCUGCUGGAGAAUGGCAUCCCCGCCAGCCCCACCCACCUGGCCCAGAACCUGCUGCUGCCUGUGGCCGAGCUGGAAGGGAAGGAGUCGGCCAGCUCUUCCACGGCCUCCCCACCGUCCUCCACUGCCGUCUUUCAGCCCUCUGAAACCGCGUCCAGCGCAGAAUCCUCCCUGGAAAAGGAGAGGGAGACACCCAGUCCCAUUGACCCCAACUGUGUGGAGGUGGAUGUGAACUUCAAUCCUGACCCUGCUGACCUGGUCCUCUCCAGUGUCCCUGGCGGGGAGCUCUUCAACCCUCGGAAGCACAAGUUUGCAGAGGAGGACCUGAAGCCCCAGCCCAUGAUCAAAAAGGCCAAGAAGGUCUUUGUCCCCGAUGAGCAGAAGGACGAAAAGUACUGGACGAGACGCAAGAAGAACAAUGUAGCGGCCAAACGAUCCCGGGACGCCCGGCGCCUGAAGGAGAACCAGAUCACCAUCCGAGCAGCCUUCCUGGAGAAGGAGAACACGGCGCUGCGGACGGAGGUGGCAGAGCUGCGCAAGGAGGUGGGCAAGUGCAAGACCAUCGUGUCCAAGUAUGAGACCAAGUACGGGCCCUUGUAACCCGUGCCCCCGCUCGGGCAGCGCUGCCUGCCGCUCAGACCUCUGCCUGGGGGCUCCCUGAAACCCCACGCACGCGUGGGGACUUAUGACUCGUCACGGUCGAAUGGUGGCACACCUGCUCCAGGAGCGUUCACGUCCAAGCUUCAUUAUCACAUGGCCAGCGCACGUGGCGACUUCUCUGGGGGGCCGGCCUCCUCACCAGUGGGGGUGCGAGAGAAUCUACGUAGAUGGGUGAAUCAGCCUUAGUUUCGAUCCUUGGGUGUCCCAGUUGAAUCGGAAGGGGACCUCUGGGGUACAGAGCUCCUUUCACAGGGGGCUCAGGCUUCCCUGACUCUCCCCCGGUCUCCGGCCUGGGCCAUUGAGCCUGUCUGCACAGAACGAGUCAUGAUCCUUGUCGCCCGAUGUCUUCUCAGGUAGCGGGGCGCAUUUCCAGGUGGGGCGUGUCUGUCACCCACCUCACCCUCCCCAGAAAGUCUUCGAGAGACACAUCCGUUCCCAUCUCCCUCAGAGGUAGAAAGACAAAGCAGCUCCUCCCAGAGGGGGCCAGGCCACAGGAGCAGGGUCUCUGCACAGCCUGGGAUGGGGUGUGGGUCUGGGGCCUGCAGCCGAAGUGCACCCAGCUGUUCUUCGCUCCCACACCCCUUUGCUCCUGUGGCUCCAAGGCCUGGAAGCCAGGGAGGAGGCCCUGGUGAGGGGCUCUCCCCAUGUUUCAUCUGCUUCAGAGGAGGGACUCCCAGGGCAGCUGGUCUCCGAAUCUUGACCACAGUGCAGAGGGAGGCCUUUUCAUCUCCUCUUCUCCAGGCCACUUGUGGAGGCCCCCUGAAACUUCUUUGUCCCACCACACUGGGCCUUGGAGCCUGCUCUUUCUUUUUACCCAGUGAUCAUGCUCAGAUCUUGGAUUUCAAAGGAACCCCCCGCCCCCACUCGCCUAGGAAGCUUAACUUCCUGGAGCCAGGAUGCCCUGUCGCAUGGUGUUUAGAAAACCGGCCUCCAUGGCCCCGUACACUGUGGGUGGAGAGCUGGGGCAUGUUUCCCAAGAAGUUCCCCUGUUUUCUUGCUCUGCUCUCCAGUGUGGGCCAGGCCAGAGUCCACUUUCCCUAAAAACAGAAGAGGGCUUCCCAGUUCUCGCUUCAGGAUCCCUCCCCCAUGCGAGCUGCCCGGAGUGUCAACCUGCAGGACCCAGUGAGGGGUUGCAGGGGUCACAGCUUAGCUCUUGGGCCAUUCACUCGGGCUAGGGGCCCCUCCGUCUGUGUCCCCAGGAGAUACCAGCCACCCACAUGAGCCGGGCUGUCGUGUGGAGGGCAGAGGUCCUCGCAGCUGUGGCUCCAGCCCCUCCCAGCUGCUUCUUCCUCGUGUGUUGGCGGACUCCGUCGUCCUUUGGCUGUACCUGGAAGAUUCACUGAGGAAAGCCGUGGAAGCCUGUGCUCACCGUGGUCAGCUGGGGCACCUGGAGAUGGGUGUAUUUAUUUGCUCAGGGCGGGUAGCCUGUGGUAAAGAGGGGUCAGAGGUGACAGGCGCACUUUGUCGUACUUACCACUGGCUUUAUUUAAAGUGGUGGCUCCGAGUCCCGGGCCCUGACCCUGAAAGACUUUUCACAGUAGAUGUUAAGACCGGGGGAAACCAUGCACUGACCAUGGACCACACCCCAGGGGAAUGCCACAGCCCUCCAGGGACCUGCACACCUGCCCUUCUGGGUACUUGACAAGGGUCCCUGAGGCCAAGGGAGGCCACCCCCUCCCUCCUGAUUUUGACUUUGUGGUUCUAUAAAAACCGUGUUCACUCUCA